AUGGGAAAGAAGGGUUCUUUGUUUGCGCAUUUUCAAAAUUUUGAUGCAUAUGCCAAAACUCUUGAUGACUUUCGAGUAAAAACAUACUAUGGAGCAGCAUUAACAAUUUUAAGUGCUAUCAUAAUAUGUAUAUUACUUUGGUCUGAAUUCAUAGAUUACAGAUCAACAGAAAUAAAGCCAGAAUUAGUAGUAGAUAAAGGUAGAAAAGAAAAAUUGACAAUCAAUAUUAAUAUUACAUUUCCACAUGUACCAUGCUAUCUUUUAAGUGUAGAUGUUAUGGAUAUAGCUGGCGAAACACAAAAUGAUCUGGAUCAUGAUAUUUAUAAAACACGACUUGAUUCAGAUGGAAAUCUUAUACAUGUUGAAAAAGCUCAAGAUCUCGGAGACCAUACUAAAAAUAUUUUACAUUUGGUUAAUAAGACAUCUUCAGAUAACGAAACUUAUUGUGGAAGUUGCUACGGCGGAGAUCCUCCUGAAAGUGGUUGUUGUAAUACUUGUGAAGAUGUUCGUGAAGCUUACAUUCAAAAAGGAUGGUCCUUUGGAUGGAAAGAGAAAUUUGCCGCACAAUCUCAUGAAGGUUGUAAUGUGGCAGGAAAUGUAAGAGUUAAUAAAGUUGCUGGGAACUUUCAUCUUGCGCCGGGAAAAAGUUUUCAACAAAAUCAUGUGCAUGUUCAUGAUUUACUACCAUUCUUAAGUGAUGGUACCGUUCAUGUUUUUUCACACAAGAUCCAUCAUUUAAGCUUUGGCCCAAAAGUAGAUGGUGUAGUAAAUCCUUUAGAUGGUGUAGGCAGUGAUGUCUAUCAAGGCCAUUAUAUGUUUCAAUAUUUUGUUAAAGUUGUAUCAACCCAAUUUUAUUUUUUGAAUGGAACCACUAUUUAUACAAACCAGUACUCAGUAACACAAUAUGAAAGAGAUUUAACUGGGAAAGGUUCAUCUGAGCAUGUAUACAGUCACAAUUCAGGAUUACCAGGUGUAUUUUUCAACUAUGAUAUCUCUCCGAUGUUAAUUAUUAAUCGAGAAGAACGUAAAAGUUUUACACAUUUUUUGACAGGUUUUCAAGAAAAAUAUGCAGAUGACGAUGAUUCGUUUGGAGGCAAUUAA